UUCCAAGCCAAUUAUGCUGUUACAUAUUUCUCUAUUUAUUGUGUUAUGCAGCGGCCUAACGCUAGGAUUGAAUGACGCAGAUAUUCUAAAAAGGUUUGAAGAAAUUGAACGACGUGAGGCUGAGGCUUCGAUACAGUACAAAAAUAUUGAGCAUUCAUUGCUCGGGCGACUUAAGGGUCAGACUGUUGAGAUGGACGGACUGCGGGCCACAGUUGCUCAGCAGGAGGCGAGGAUUGCGGAGCUCGAGGCUUCUCUUAAUGGGCAACAACAGGGAAAAGCGGGCGGAAACGUUGCCGCCUCCGACCACGACAAAAAGGAAACGGAGGAAAUAAAGAAGGGGGACGCCGGCAUUUCCGGCCGUUCUGCGUCGGGGAAAGUUCGAAGAUUGCUUCCGGAGACACCAGUUGCUUUCUCUGCAUUCAAACAAGCUGAUCAAAACAAUAUUAAUAAAAAUGAGUUCAUCACAUUUGAGAAGGUCAACGUUAACGAGGGAAAUGGUUACCAUUCAACACACGGGUUAUUUACUGCACCCGUAAGCGGCACGUAUUUUUUCUCUGUCACUUUGCUCCAUCCUAACCAGCCCCAACCGACGCACGUAGAUAUCGUGCACAACGGGAACGUGGUCGCGAGACUUCACUGUGAGCAUACGACAUGGGAACAAUCUACUCAGUCAUUCUUGUUGAAUGUCAAUGCUGGCGAGGAUGUGUUUGUUAGAAACAUAGACUUGGACAACGAGACAUUUAAGGGCUCAUUAACGAGUUCAUUCUCCGGAUUUCUGCUCUGGGAGUUUUAAGAAGCUGAUUCAACCAAAAUGAAUAAAAGUUAUGUCACGUUUCUUGUAGUAAAACCAGAAUUUGCCUG